GCUCAUAGAUCACAUCCGGGGCUGGUUUAUUCUAAUAAGAAAACGUUCAACCCGGAAAAAAAGGCAAGUCUUCUGUAAUCCGAUCGCACAAACAAAUAGCCGAGGGUGUGAGAGUCUCGCAGACGCCGGUCUUGUCAGUGUCUACUGUUUGCUGUAGUUGUUAAAAAGUUUGUCGAACAUGCGCGUAUUUACCAAACUCGGCUCUCUGCUCUGCGCUUCGUAGCGCUGCGGGGCGCUGGCUGUGGCGCACACCGACUCUCCACAGCGGUGAUAUGUGAUAGGGGCAGCAUGCCGUACGUGGACCGGCUGAACCGAGUGUGCGGCUUCCUUGACAUCGAGGAGAAGGAGAACAGCUGCCGCUUCCAGAGACGAUACUUCAUCUUGGACACGCAGGGAAACAAUCUGGUGUGGUACAUGGACAACCCGCAGAACCUGCCAAGCGGAGCCAGCUUUGUUGGCAGCCUGAGGUUAACCUACAUCUCUAAGGUGAGUGAAGCUACAGUGAAGCAAAAGCCCAAGACGGAGUUCUGCUUUGUCAUCAAUGCAGUCUCACGGCGGUACUUCCUCCAAGCCAAUGAUGUGGCCGACAUGCGGGAGUGGGUAGAUGCUCUCAACAAGGCCACCAAGAUCACCGUUCCCAAGUCUUGCCCCGAUCCCCCGAGGUCGGACGCGACCACAGUGAUCAGUGACUCUCAGGGAGGCAAGAGACAGCAGGCCUACAAGACUGAGAUCAUUGGUGGUUUAGUGGUGCGCACGCCCAUCCAGAAUGAGAGUGAGGAGACAGAAGGGAGAGAGAAGAAGGCCAACAGGCCGGGCGUGCUAAGAUGCGGUUACUGUGUUAAACAAGGAAACGUGAGGAAGAGCUGGAAGAGGCGGUUUUUCACCCUGGAUGACAGCUCAGUCAGCUACUACAAGUCUGAGAUGGAAAGGGAUCCUCUCCGAUCUAUUCAGCUGAGGGAUAUUCAGAAGGUUCAUGAAUGUCUCGUGAAGUCGGGGGAUCUCCUGCUACGAGACAACCUUUUUGAGAUCAUCACCAACUCCCGAACCUUCUACAUUCAGACAGACUCACCAGAGGAGAUGCGUGGUUGGAUCAACGACAUCGAGAUGAAGAUCCAGGACUUCAGAGGUCCCCCGAAGGGUUUGUCAUUCAAACGCGCGUCGUCUCUCUAUCGAAGUCACAAUGCCUCCGGCGCGUCUCGCAGUCAGCAGAGUGACGACCGGAGACCCACGCUGGUCAAGUCCUGCUCCGUGGCGCCGGGGUGGCAGCCCUGGACGCCCGUCCCGCCGUGUGAGCACUCCGUCAUGGAUGUGGACGACGAAGACAGCACGUUCAGCUCCGUGCCCACUCUGCCUUCCCUCUCCUCCUCUUCCACCUCCUCGUCCACCUCCUCCUCCUCCAACUCCCUCUCCACCCCAAACCCCUGCCCCAACACUCUUCAGCCGCCUUCGAGCAGCGGCCUGGGGAUCCUCACAGCCUCGGCGGACGCGGCGAGCGGGCGGCGGAGGCACCGCUCGCAGCCUCAGCCUCACACGGGCUUCCCCUUCAACUUGGAUGAUGAAGGCAUCCGUACCACAGACGUCUAGCUCAGUGACGUCGCCUGUGUGGACUACAGUUUAGGUACUGGUUUUAAGAUGAAUGUGACUGGUAAUAGUACUCCCUGCUAAUGAAGUGACACGGUGGCCGUCUGCCCCAAUGCCAUGCCAUUGAGAGUGGGGGCCCCCUGCUGGUGUUGUAGCUGCUCUGAAGGAUGCACCCAGCAGGAAGGAGGCUCAGAGGCACAGUGUUUGUUAUUCACGGGACUAAAGGCAUGGCGGUAAGGUAUGAGUUUUUAGUGCAACUUCCCUUGAAAACUUGAAUAAUCUCUAUAACUGUUCUCGCAGACCUAAAAAGAAAGGCACAUUUUUUUUUCCCUUCAAUCUGUUGCACUUGGCUUCCACAGAACAUGUAUUGCUGUCACCACGGCCGUGUUUUCACCUCUGCUAGAAGUAUUCACAAAGAAGUGUUUGACGACAAUAUAACACACUCGUAUCCAUAUUUUUGUACUCAAGCUUAUAUUUCACUAAGUGCUUUUAAACAUUUUGGACAUUUUUAACCUCUUUCGGGCCCAGCAGUGUUUGUCCUUCUUACGUCCUCUGAUGCACAUCCUGUGAAGAGCCUCAUAUCGAUUCAUUGGUAAUUAAAAAGCCUUUUAUUGCUGAAAGCGUUAGUUCACACUGUGUUUUGAACAGGAGCCUUUAACCUUUCGACUUAAAGAUCAAUUGUCAGUAAACUGUGACUCCUCUUUUAGGUUUCAGCACAGUACCUUAAUAAUACAACCCCCCUGUUUUUUUAAUGGUACUCCUUGUAAAAUGUGUUGCCAGCAUCACCAGGAGCUUUGUAAAUGUGAUUUUCUUAUUGCAGCAUUAUGUGGGAAGUUUGGCCACUACUUUUGGUGACUGUAAUUCUGCACCUUGCGUUUGUUAUUUUAUUUUAUUUUUUUACCUGUGUUUUUUUUUUUUUAAUGUUAUGUCACAGCUUUCACAGCAGGUACUGCAGCUUCCUCUGAGACGAGGCUUUGCGCUGUUACAGCGGUAGUCUCUACACUUCUCAAGGCUCACCUCGAGACUGCAUUGAUGUGGUACCAUGUUCAUUCCUCUUUCCGUUUUCUAAAGCUGUGUGCACUCAACUGCCUGCGUAUCAUGUUAAUUUUCUCCCUUGCACAUUAAAUGAUGCUUUGUAUUGGU